GUUAGGUAAUAUGUGUAUUGUGUUCAAGUUAAAAAAAUGAAGUGACGAAAGGUUUUUUGCUAAAUAUAUCAAUUACAUUAGCUCCAAAUAAAGAUGCAGUCGUAUUUUGAAACCUUAAACGUGAACGAAAUUACCGCACAUGGAAGUCUGGCAUUCCUAGAAAGUGCGUCACUAACUGGAGAAAGUCAAAGUGGUCUGGCAAGUAAUCUUGUUCAGUUAUCCGGUGAAGAAAAUAUAUCGCAACCACAAGGUUUGCAGGAAAAUGCAAUUGAAAAUGUUGUGGAAGAUGGAGAUAUAUUCCAAUGUGGAAGGUGCAAACAGCAGUUCAACAAUUUGAAUAUAUUUGUUCAACAUAAAACGGACCACUGUUCCAUGCAACGUCAUAUUUAUGAACAAAAUGGACCUCCACAAAUUCUUGGUGGAAAUCAACUAUCAUCUUCACUAGCAGACCAUACAUUGCUGUAUGAACAGGCACAUGUCGUAUUAGCUGAUAACUGUAAUGAUGUUCAUGGUCGUCCUAUCCAUGGUGGAAUGCUUCACCAGCAAAAUAUUUCAUCAGCUCAUCCCAAUUCACUGCCCAUCAAUCCACGAACAUCACAAACAAAUGCAUGUCAGUCCAAUAUACCAAUCCACAGACGUAUACUACCAAUGCCAUACAAUGGCAACCAUCCACAUCCACCCCAACAUAGAAUACUUCUUCCACGGGCUCAACAAAUGCCAAUAUCUGCCCCACAUACACGGAUCAAUUUAUCUGAUGAUCUUCUUGCAUCGGAGCCAAGAGAAGCUACUGAGGAUGACAUGACUGUGGGUGGCAAUGGACUCAUAUCUUCCUUACUGCAACAGAUCCCACCGUUCCAACCUGUGGGUGCUCACCAAUCUAACAGCAAUGCAAACUUGCCUUCUGAACAGAUGGCUAUUACAACAACCACAACAUCCACAGUGCAGAUUAUAGCGGAAACAGACAAUACGAACCAUGUAGACAUGCAAUCAUCUAUGCUUGAGGAACAUUCCCAGCCUAUCCGCACUCAAGCAUCAAAAUCAAGGGGCAAGACGUUAGAGACUAUUUUACCUCGGUUAUAUGACCGAAACAAUAAUGCAACCUCCACAUCGGGAUCUGCUCCAACAAUCCUGGAGUCUCCCGAAUCAACCUCCGAGCAGAAAGAUGACACAAAGAAAAAGUUUACGUGUCAAUUUUGUCAGAAAGUUUUCACAAAGAAUUUUGAUCUUGAGCAACACAAGAGAAGUCACACAGGUGAGAAGCCGUUUCAGUGUAUAGUUUGUGGCAGAGCAUUUGCUCAGAAGUCAAAUGUAAAGAAACACAUGGUGUCUCAUAAAGUUUGGUUAAAAGGAACGGCCACAUUUUCCCAAGCAUGCAGUAAAGAUAACAACAGUGGUGUUCCUGAUAGUGUUGAUGUUUCGUUUAAUUGUCAAUAUUGUGGCGAGUCCUUCCCUUCAUACAACAAGCGGAAAUCUCACAUGCAAGUUCAUAAAGACCAACAAGUGUACAAAUGUUUAAAAGAAGAAUGCUCAUUAACAUUUCGUGAUCUCGAUGCGUUUAUUGCUCACGUGAAAGGUCAUGAGACAGGCAUGACCUAUCGGUGUCAUCAGUGUCACAAAGUUUUUAAAUCAUUGCAUGAUCUUGGUUUGCAUCAAUACCAGGUUCAUCUUAACAGCAGAAAGAAAAGUAUACAAACCAAAACUUACCCUUGCCAGCUUUGCCCAAGUAAAUUCAGCCACCCAACUGCAUUACGUGAACAUGUUAUCAACGACCCGCAUCACCAUGUAUGUAGAAUAUGUGAUGCUACUUUCACCUGUGAGCGAUAUCUACGUAAGCAUACUUUCAUGCAACAUAAGGAGGAAAAUGCAAAAGGUGCCACAUGUACAGUGUGUGGCAAAUCACUCCGCAGUGUAUACUACCUACGCCUCCACAUGUUUAUACACACCAAAGAACUACCUUACCGAUGCACCAAGUGUGAUGCAGCGUUUAAUAGAAAGGACAAAGUGAAGAGACAUAUGCUAACUCAUGACCCUGUUAAACGCUUUAAGUGUCCACUGCGUAAUGUGCUUGAAUGCAACAAAGAGUUCAGCAGAGCCGACAAACUGAAAGAACACAUAAUUAACCACAGUCGAACUAAGAGAACUUACAGCUGUAGUACGUGUUCGAAAAAAUACAGCAGGGAGUCCUGCCUGAUUCGUCACGAGAAAAUCCACUCCUAUCCUUUCCAUUGUAAUACUUGUACACAAUCAUUUCCCACUGAGUCAAAGUUAAAAGGACAUAAAUGCCACAAGCGCAGAAAGUCUCAAACUCCCAAAAAAGUUAAACCUUCACCCAAGAAAGUUCCUCCUUCCAACCAAGUUGUGGAAGAAACUUCAGAAACGAAUUGUCAUGACCGGUCUGAACCGGUUUAUACUAGGUUGUGGCCAUUGGUUAAUCCACAAUGCGAGCAGCCGACUUCGCCGGUAAAGGUUCAGAUUACUAUUGAUGACGACAAUGAAGUUACAAUGACGCGAGAUUGUGACGUAAGCCAAGUCGCGGAAUAAUUCAUUACCUACUUUUAUAAAAAUCUCUAUAUAUAUAUUUGUUUAAUACCACUUCAUGACAUAUUAACAAGUAUAAGUGGUACCACGAAAUAAACGAUUCCAACA